UGUCCCGGCGGCAGCGGCGGCCAUGGGCAGCGCGGCGGAGCGCGGGCGGCGGCGCUACACGCACGGGGCUUUCGACUUCCCGAGGGAAUUUGACCACAAGCCCGAUGACCACCGGAGGGGGUCGCUCUGCGACCGGCAGUGUGCGGCCAUCAACAACACGCAGGGCGACCUUGGGGACAUGCACUCGGGGUCUCAUCAGCACAGCAUCAUGACACCCAGGAUCCUGCCAGUGAUCUCCACACCAGCCUGCUACCAGCAGCUCUCGGACGAGUUGCCAGUCUGUGACAGCUGCCCCUUGAAAACUACCAUCAUGGCAGAAAAUGAGGUGGAAGCUGCCAAGCUCUCCAACAACUACAAGUUUGGCUUCAAGAAGUGGAAGAGUCAUGUGACAGCCCGGCCCUGGGCAGACCGCUCGGAGAUCGUGAAGGAGCUCUACUCGGACCUGAAUGUCAUCAAGAGCUUGAGAGGCUCCACGGUCACCUGUGGGAACAUCUUCUACCUGCUCCUGUUCGGAUGGUGGCUGUCUCUCGUCUACCUCCUGGUUGCUGCUGUGAUGUUCCUCUCUGUGGUUGCAGCUCCAUAUGGAAAGCUGUGCUGGGAUUUGGCGGGAUAUUUCUUCUGGCCCUUUGGGAAAGUGAUCCAAAAGGUGGAGGCUGACCCCCCUCUGAGGAAGUGCAACACCCUGUUCAACAAGUGCACGGUUAUCUCAGAAGUGAGCGACCCCAAGGAGAGCACCCCCUUGCUCCCCCAGCACAACGUGGGGCAGGGGCUGAUGGGUGAUGCUGAUGCCAUGUACUGGCAUCGUGCCAACACCUACGUCUGGCUCCUGCUGGGCUACCCAUUCCUCGCCGUCGCCCACAGUCUAGUCUGCUUCAUCUCCUGGCUCCUUGUGUUCAUCAUCCCCAUCGCCAAAAUGAAUGCACGGACAGUGACUCGGAUCCUGCUCCUGCCCCCAGAGCAGGUGCACAUCCAGCACGUGAGGAAGACUGAGGUGCCACUGGAUGCAGAAGUGAUCCUGUGCUGCUACCGUGCUGUGAAUGCAUACUACUACAAAUAUGCUGUGGAUGGGAUCAAUGUCUUUGCUGUCAACCUGCUGCCCCUGGUGAUCGUGACUCUGGUGCUGGGCUAUGUCGACAGCCACAACCGCUUCAUCAGCUCCCCUGUGAAGUUCACACUUUCGCUGCUCUCCAUCAUGCCUCUCUCCUACUACAUCGGCAUGGCCAUUGCCAGUAUUUCAGCGCAGAGUAACUUUGCAGUGGGGGCUGUGGUGAAUGCCACGUUUGGCUCCAUCACCGAGCUGACCUUCUAUAUCACGGCCCUUAUCAAGGGCACCCGCGAGGGGAGCAAGUGCUAUGAGGAGAUCGUGAAGGCGGCCUUGACGGGGACCCUGGUGGGCUGCGUCCUCUUUGUCCCGGGCUUGUGCAUGGUGAUUGGGGGCAUCAAACACCAAGAGCAGAAAUUCAACAGCAGGUCAGCAGGUGUCAGCUCAGCCCUGCUCUUCCUCUCUGUGGGAGGUGUCUUUGCCCCAACGCUCUUCUCCAAAGUCUAUGGGAGGCUGGUUUGUGGCGAAUGCCAGAACAUCACGCACAACCCCCUGGGGCACUAUCUGUGCCAGAACUGCCACUUUGACCUGAUGGCAAACAACGGCACCCUCUACUACAGCCACGUUCAGCCCCUGGUGUACACGGUGUCACUCCUGCUCCCGGCUGCCUACCUCAUCGGUCUCUGCUUCACCCUGAAGACUCACUGUCACAUUUACGACAUUCACAUCAGCGACUGCCACAUGCCUGGUCACCAUCACAGUGCUGUGGUCCACUGGUCCCGCUGGAGGGCCCUGGUCAUCCUCCUGCUCUCCACCUUGUGCAUGUCUGCCUGUGCCGACCUGGCCACAGAGCACAUCAGCCCCAUCCUCACCAGUUCUACCAUCUCUCAGUACUUCAUUGGGGUGACUGUUCUGGCCAUGGUGCCAGAGCUCCCAGAGAUAGUCAACGGGAUCCAGUUUGCCCUGCAGAACAACCUGAGCUUGAGCAUCGAGAUCGGGAACUGCAUCGCUGUCCAGGUCUGCAUGCUCCAGAUCCCCAUCCUGGUGCUCUUCACAAUCUUCUAUCCCACUGGUUUCAUACUAGUCUUCAGUGACCUCCACGUCUAUGCCAGCAUGUUCAGUGUGGUCCUCAUGAACUACAUCUUCAUGGAUGGCAAGUGUGACUACUUCCAAGGUACAGUCCUGGUGAUGGUCUACUUCAUCCUCCUAGCUGUGUAUUUCUUUGCUCCGUCCCCUGCUGGCUGCUGAGGCCUGUCUCCACUGGACCUUGUCUCCAGACCUCCUGGAAUCAGCUUCUCUCCAAAAAGCUGUUUCUCAGGGAUUUUGCUGGUCUGGGGUUUUUUAACUAAAACACAGGAAAGCUGAAGAACCUGCCAUCAGAGGUUUUAGUCUCUCUCUACUGGGAAUUGGGCAUUGGGAGAAGGGCACUGAGUGCCUGAACUGCCCAUCUUCUGAACCCAAGACGGAGCCUCAAAGCCCAAGCACUCGCAUACUGUAUUCGUGGUGGCAGCAGCACACUUGAGCUGUGCAUAGAGAAAUGCACAAGCUGAAGUUCCUGAGGCCCAGUAGAUGUCUACUUUUUAGGCUCUUAAGGAUGGACUGCUCCCUGCUCAGGGCUGCGUGCUCUGAGGCGAUGUCUGGAAAGACCCAAAUGUCCUAGCAGGACGAAGGUGGCAUCAUGGACACGGGAACCUGAAACUAACACUGGCCUGUAGAAAUGACACAAGGGUGUUUGCUUACUUGAAAAGCACCAAGUGGUCUUUGUUUUUUUUCCAACUGUUCUCAUUAAAGCAAUUUUGUACGAACAA